CGCGUCAUAGCUUCCACGAACUUCUGGAGCACAGGGGUGCGCAAAGCCGCAAGUGCCUCAAAAGACUGACGCGGGCCUCAGCACGGGGGGCAAUUCCACAAAGGCUUCAGCCUGAUAUUUCACACAGGACGAAACAUAUUCACAUAUCCUGAGCAGAGGCUACUGAGGAACCGUGAAGGCCAUGCCAACUUCUGGGUAUUCUUUCGGAGGGACUUACGAGUCAGACUCGGGAAUGCCUGUGUUUGGCAGUAACGAAUUCAUCCUAGACUCGGACGAGAACUUCAACUCGGACACGCUGUUCGGCUUGGAUAGCGAGUCCCUCGACCCCGUGGCAUUUGGAGAUUCCAAGACACUUCUCUCAUCUCCUAGCCACCAGAGUCAAGCUGCAUCAGCAGCCCCUGGCUUUUCACCACCAUCUCAUCGGGAUUCCUCUUCUUCAGGCUCUUCAAGGCGGAGUGCCGACUCUAUCUCCCCGAAAACCAGUCAUACGUCGGGAGACGUCAUGAUGACUGAUGAGGUGACCCUGGGGGAAUGGAAGGGCAUGGACGGACUCCCCAAGGGAGAAGAUAAUUAUCCGAUGUUUGACGAUUCCGUGGAUAAUAUGGUUGCACACUCUCACUUCAGAGAGAAUGCUUUCUUUGACUUUGAAAGCGCAUCCAGCAGCCCUAAUGCUCCUGUACCAGAUGGAGCAUCGUCGUUAUCCCCAGAGAACAGUACAGAUACACCAAUGCAAUUACCAGCGGUUCGAGGCAUAAAGGAGGCCAGAGGCCACAACAAGGCCCAAUCAGUUUGUGCUCCCAUUCUUUCCCUGUUUCUGAUACUAACAGCGAAACAGCAACACUCUCUAGCACAAUCAAUGAGUGGCCUGCACACAAAUGGGUCCAGAGAAACAUCGCCCAGUAUGUACCCAAGCCAAGAGUCUUCGCCUGCGGCGCUAUUCAAGCUAUCACCAUCAGGUGCACCGUCUCCCGACAACACCGCCAGCUUCAUGAAUGGAGCGUCCACUCCGGGUGGAUUUGGCGGUAACGCUAUCUGGCCAAACAUGGGAGGAUUCCACGUGCAACCGCAGCCAGGAGCACAGCCGCGGCCUGAACCUACAAACGGGGCACAUAUGCCUCCGUCAUACUCUUCCCAGCGGACGCCAUUCAAUGGCACCCAACCAACACUGGUCAUUGAACGAACCCCUUUCAAGUCUCGAGUAGAGACGCAAAUACCCAUCAAGAUGACCAUGUACAAUCUGCCGCAGGGUAUCAAGCGCCUUCAUCUUCCCAGUUACACCAUCUCCAAGGCAAAACUGCUCGCCAGGCAGGCUGCAGACCGUGAGCGUUCACCAGACAUGUGGGAGUUAUACACAAUGCUGGUGUGUACUAGUGCCAUGCAGGACGAAGAAAAACGCAAAAAGGCAUUUGCUCGUGCGGCUGUAGCGGGCCACCCCACAUCCGCCGAUGUCGAUCAAGCUGAUAAUGAGGAUAACAAACCUCAAAAUGGUGGUGAAGUGCGCAUCUGCCCAGGCUGUAUCCUCCGCGAGCGAAAAAGAGCAGGACGCAAGAAGAACAAAAAGCCAGAGGAAGAGGAACUAUGGGACAGAUACCAGAAACACAGAGCCAUUGUCUUCAACACCAAUGAAGUCAAGGACUGGCAACCGGCACCGGACAAUUCUGUUCCUGGAAUCACUAACCGGAUACCUCCGGGCACUGUCCAAAUAGAUGCCCCAAUGCGAAUUGCUUGCUACUGCCGACACCACAGCGAGAAAUUGGGCUUCCAGGUUAUCUUCACAAUCAAGGAUCAUCAGGACAGAGUGAUUGUUCAACAGAUAUCCUCCUCAAUUAUGAUUACAGACGACCACAAGACCCAUCAGAUCUCAACAACCCCCACCUUGGCUACAAACAACUCGGACCAUAGCGCAGUGGGGCCUACCACAGAAAUGGCAAUUGACACGAGACCACACGAAGCUCCCUUAGUGCUUCGGCAAUCACAGUCGACCUCAGACCUCCAAGGUCUUCAGCAAGCCUCUGCACAAUCUUUCCAGCCCCAUAUCUCGAACGGCACCAAUGGGAACAGUUCACAAGGGACUUCUGUCACAGCGACGCCGCGUAAUUUGUCUCGGCAAGCGUCACCCACGUCACCGGCAGGGCCUGUCUCGAAAAAGCGGAAGGCCGGCAAUUCAUCAUCCAAGGUACCAUCUGGUUUGACCAUGACGCGACUUGAAACUACGCAGCCUUGCAACGUGGCUCCCCCCAACUCUCAGUGUGAAUCUGCUGUUGUUUCUGCAGCAACUUCUCCAUUCACACCCAACAUGAGUUUCUCUGGCGCUCCGAACUCGUUGUAUCCACAGGGACACCAGCCAGGUCUCAACACCAUGCAGCAAUCGUUCGCAACGGGACCCCCUACCCCUAAUAGCAAUAACGACCAGAUGUUGUUCGCCUCCAGUGUGAACCGGAACAUAAGCAUGGACAACCUGGGGGCGACGCACCCGUUGUACUCGGCCCCUGUGUCUGCCCAUCCUAGUCGGGCCCCAAGCCCGAACCAUCUCCGAAACGAAGUCAAUGGUUUCCAAAACUCUCAACUUGGGCAGUCUAUGUUUACGGGGCCCAUGGGACUGACCUCGGCAAGAGCCCCCAGUCCAAUGAUACAUAAGAUCAUCCCUGGUGAAGGACCCAAGUCAGGGGGGAUAGAGGUGACGAUCCUCGGAAGCGGCUUCACCAACGGCGGAUUGGAAGUCAUGUUCGGAGAACAGAGAGCAACGACGACUACCUUUUGGGGCGAAAGCUCGUUGGUUUGUCUUCUUCCCCCUUCUCCCGUCAGCGGGCCGGUGCUCGUUUCCAUCAAACAGCCACGAAUGCAAGAGCAGCAGCCGUCUUUCAGCAACAAGCAUCAAGCCUUGUUCCGGUAUGUUGAUGACGAUGAAGAUCAACUAAUCAGAACGGCACUGGUAGUGCUGGGCCACAAGGUUGGUGGGAACAUACAAGACGUCGCGGAUAUCGCCAGAAGCAUCAUUGGAAGGUCGGGUCAGGGAGCUUGGGGUCCACAACCUGGAUCUGCUGGUCAACCGACCGGCGGCUACAGUUUCGACCUCGGACCGGCCUCUCUUGAGAUGGGACUGCUUCGCGUACUAGAGCUGAUUGAUCUUGACGACAGCGUCAACAAGGCAAGAAUCAACCUCAAGCGAUCAACAGGACAAACCAUGCUCCACUUGGCCUGCGUUCUAGGUCUCAACCGGUUUGUUGCUGGCCUGUUAUCGAGGGCGGCCAAUGCAGGCGCUCGAGACAAGGGUGGGUUCACGCCAUUGCAUUUCGCAGCCAUGAACGACCACUCUCAUAUUGUGAGGCGGCUCAUGAUCUCGGGUGCCGAUCCAACCAUGCGGAGUCUUUCGGGUCUCACUCCGGCAGAUAUGGCCCGGUCGAGAGAUGUAUUACGAGCGCUUCGGCGCGUCGAGUCCCACGCGAGAUCUCGGAGCACUAGCUCACUACAUAGCAGAGUCAGCAGUGCUACUUCUUUGAGAUCUCUGUGGGACCCCCCUACAAUGACGGCAUGCAGUCAAAACUACUUGUCCGAUGCGUCAGACUCAGAAGAAGCGCUCGGGUACAGCUCCUCGGAUGACGACAACGAAGAAAUUGAUGACGGGGACUGGCUGGAUAUGAGACGCCCAAGCGUACCUCGCAGUCAUCAACUGCCAGACAUUGUAUCACCCCCAACCACUGAUGUCCCUACUGGUCUGGCUUCACCAAGCGCUGCUAUGACAGCGUUCCGGGAGCAGUUCGCCACACAACUUCAUCAAUUCCAACAGUCCAUGGCCAUGAUUUCACAGAAUUGGCCGCAGUUCCAAAUGCCCAUGCUGCCAGACUAUCACAACUACUUACCUUUACAUAACGCACCUGUUAUGCAACGGAUCGCUUCCUUAGUACCCAACAUUAGUGGCUCGCGUCCUGGGUCCGCUGGUGACCAGCCGCCUAGAGACGCCGACAAGCAAUGGUGGGAAAUGCCUUCUUUCUUUGGAGCUAAAGAUGCUCCCCCUCCCGCGUACGAAGACAUCUUCCCACAAAAGGACAUCGAUACCAAGCAAGCAUCAGCCGCCACAGCAGCUGCCGAGUAUGAGGCCGACGCCAAGUGUGCGACGCUAUACGACCAAACUACCGCAGAGUCUUCGAAAGUGCGAGAGAUACCUGCUCUUCUGCAGAUCGGGCGCAAGAACGCCAUCACCAAAGAGCAGCAAGAGAACCUUCAGCGAGCGCAUGCUGAGAGGCUGAAGACCGGCAGCAGUGAUAAAAUGCUGUGGUUUGUCUGGAUUCCUCUGCUGACCUUCAUUCUCGGCGCCAUGAUGUUCAGCGGCGCUCCAACUUUUGCUUCCGGUGUGCAGUCUUUUGUCAAGUUUAUAGCUGCUCCCAGUGAGUUCCUGAGACAAAACCUGUUGGAAACCGCGUAGGCCGCUUCCCAACUAUCCGACUUCACCGGCCGGCCUCGGCCACCCGUUAUAUCAAUCUUGUAUAUAUUCAAUUUCUUUUUGUGUUUCGUGAACGAACAACGAGCCACGAGUCGUUUGACAGACUCGAGUACAACAGAGUUCGGGUUCGGGUUAAGAUCUUCGAGGGCAAGGAGCCUAGUAGUCACGUUCGGCACGGCGUUUGGUGUCACAUUUGAUUGGGCGGGAUAUUGCAUUCUGCUUUCAAUAGUAGACACCAGGGAGCCUGGGUAUUCGGGAUGGUGGAAAGGUAUCCUGUUCGCGACGGCUAGAUAAGUACUUACCUGCAUUUUACUUCAUGAGCCGCGGCUACGAACGA